AUGAAAUAAAAUAAAUAAAAUAUACAUAAGGUUAUCCGCAAGAGACCAUGGACUGACGAAGAGGAUCUAAGGGUAAUUGAAUUAGUUUAAGAAUUUGGUCCUUAAAAAUGGACUCAAAUUGCUUAAUAAUUAGAUGGAAGAAUCGGAAAAUAAUGUAGAGAAAGAUGGCAUAACCAUUUGAAUCCAUCAAUUAAGAAAACCCCUUGGGAAGAGGACGAGGAAUGGAUUUUAUUCCUCUAUCACAAGGCUUUAAACAAUAAAUGGGCUGAAAUAGCCAAACAUGUCAGAGGGAGAACAGAUAACUCGAUUAAGAACCAUUGGAAUAGUGGCAUGAAAAAGAGAAUGACUGAAUUUUAAAUGAAGUUGGGUUAAAUUAAGUAGAAAUUUUAAAGAGAAGGAAUUUCAAUUUUGAACGAUUAUGACCCAUUACAAAAGAAGGCUCUGGAGAUUAUCUUAAUGAUUAAAUAGUAUAAGAGCAUUACUAGUGAGUCUUCAGAGAGUGACGAUGUUUCCUACCCUACCAAGCAAUCCAAGAAGAAUAGGCUACUCAAAGAUCUGGUAGAGUUGGAGGGAGAACAGUAGCUCAAAGGAGAGAAUAAUGAAAUGAUUGAAUAGAACUACAUCAGUGAUGAAGAGUAGGUAAUGAGCAAUAGUGUAAAUUCCUUCUAAUUACUAACCACUUCUAAGAAGAGGAGCAAAAGUGAAUAUGAAGAAAAUAGCAUCCAACACUAUUGAAGUUCCAUUCAUCAACAAUUUUGAAUCAAUAAAUAUUAUAAUAUAAAAUUUUCC